AUGAGUACGCUGGAAAGUGGAAUAAAGCUCAAAGACGUCGCUUUCUCAUUUGGAACCGCAGACACUUAUUCACUGUCCACCAUAUCUGAUGAAAAUCAACCGAUACUCAUGAAUGGUAAGCGGACCAAUUGCCCAUCACCAGAUAUUCCAAACGAGAAGUCAUUAUACCUCCCCGGCUCGUAUCCCGCUUCAGUGAAUUUCAACCCGAUCACUCCUUCGUAUUCCUUUACAGAGACGCGCACGAACAAUUCGUACGAAUAUACACAACAGUGGUUGAGUAAAUCCCCCACAGGAAUACGUUCUUCUGAGUUCAACUAUCCACCGAAUGAUUCCGAUUUUAUGAUUUCGUCUAAUUUUUCGAAUCCUGCAAAUUUAGCGGAAAUAAAUUACUCGAGACAGGUGUGUGGUUUCGAUGUAGACGCUGGCAUUAGUCCCACUAGCCAGACCAGCCUUCCUACAUCACUUAAGGCUCCAGGUCCCGUUAUUGGUGAUUCGGUGAAAUCCGGAAACCCCAUGAACUCGGAUCAUCGUCAGCUUGGUUGCACAGAUCGGACUUCCCAUUACCCAAACUAUGAUUCGGCAGAGAUUCGAUCCACCGACUCUAAUCUAUUGGAACCGAAUACCCGACAGGCAUCCAAACUCGAGUCAUCCCACGGAAAAGAUCAGGAGGCACAAAUAAGAACUUCGCAACCCCGAUGCGCUUCGUAUCAAAAGACAAUCUGUCCAAAACCCGAUCCGGAUGAAGUAAAAAGUGUUGAUGAUACGGAGAACGAAGAAGAUGAACUGGAUUAUUUAGACGAAGCAGAAUCCGACGAGGAUGGUGGAAUAUCAACGCGAAAUGGUGGCCAAAACUCGGAAUCAAUGGGGUGUAAAGAUGGCUCUGAAUUGCAUGUAGGGGUUCGAAACUACGACUUGAAACGAACACUGCAAGAGGAAGACAACAUCUACUCCCCACAAGCACCGUACGAAUCACUAAUGUCACACGGAAACAAGGAUAUCCUGUACGACUCGGAGUUACAUUCCGGGUCUACGUUGGAUGAUCAUCCAUCGAUUCACUACGGGUCGAAUAUCAAGUCACACCGUGAAUCACUCGAACGUGUUUCAGACCAAUCGACCAAUCACGUUCAUAAGAAGGAAGACCGGGUGAAGCGUCCGAUGAAUGCUUUCAUGGUCUGGUCCCGUGGGCAGCGUCGGCGUAUGGCCCAGGAGAACCCGAAGAUGCACAAUUCAGAAAUCAGCAAAAGGUUGGGUUCGUUGUGGAAAAGCUUGUGCGAAACUGACAAAAAGCCAUUCAUUGACGAAGCCAAGCGCCUUCGAGCAAAUCAUAUGGCGCAGUAUCCGGACUACAAGUAUCGACCAAGGCGGAAACACAGACCGAUGGAGAAACAGAAAAAGGGUUCAUCAUCAGUCAAUGCGGUGAUGGGAUCCUACUUGGGCGGAAGUGGUUCAACUCCAGCAAUGCUUGGACGUACCGGUGGUGGGCUGACUCAUCCCGCUCGUCACAUGAGCAAUUUGUUUGAUGCUCUUGGAUCGUGUCCUCAGAGAUCGGCUCAUUUUAGCCAGCACAUUCACAAGCACGAGCACCACCAUCAUCUUCACGGGUUGUUUGGUCAUCCCCAUCAAACACAAGCAAACUAUACAGGACAACAUCCACCGUACCUUCCUUCACAUCUAGCAGGAAUAAUGAAUGAAAAUCCGCCUUUUGGGACAGUCACACCGCCUAUAGGUGGUGCGUUUCACUCAACGAGUUCAACGAAUCCAUCGGAUGAUUCGGCAGCAAACUACCUCAGUCAAAGCCUUGUGCCAUAUUACAAUGCAGUCAGCGAAGAUGAAGGCGGGCUUCGAACUGGCCGCGCAUGGCCACCAUUUGAACAUGCUUCGGCAGAAUAUCCCUCCUCUUACCAACAAGUUUCUUAUCCAACUAGGCCGAUAAUGAACGCUUUGGAGUCCAGCUAUCGCGAUAAUGAAGACGAAAACUUACGGUUGUCUACUAGAAAUCAAGCCGUUAUUCCCCAGAGAAUGGGAUCCGACAAUCAGCACGGAAGGCAAGAGAUAGCUCUUAUUGAAUCUCGAACCGACCCAUCAACCUUACACCCAACGGCAACUGAACCCGACGCAGCGCCAUUUACAAACGUUUCGGCAAUAGCGUUGACAACGGGGGACCCCUCUGAAGAUAAGCUAGGGCAUAGCACAUGUCGAAGCCCUAACCUGAAUUCUGGCAGCCAAACUCUCGGACCCAAUCCUUGGGCCUUGCUCUACCCAACGGCAGCCGGCAACGAAUCAUCGUCGUUAGAACACCCUUGUACAGAUCGCACAACAGCGAUGAGGUCUAACCAGACCGGGGGUUCUAGUAUUGACUCACCGCCGCCGUUUUCUUCCGGCCGCAGAAGUGGAGCAAGCACACCGGUGCAGAGGGGAAUAAAUCCAACCAAUAGCAGCGCUGCGGCCGCCAUGAUGGCAGCAAUGGCUGCGGCAAACUAUGCUGCAUCUCAGUUAGCUUAUUACGGGGUCAGCGGAAGUAACGAAUCUGGUACUGACACUAGAUUAUCUAGUGAGGUCAAGUUAUCCACUGUGGGGUCCGGUCCUCAAGAUCACUCUGGCUGGUCAAGUUGUGAUGUCCAAAACUUUUCAACUCGAACCACCAUGUCUUCCUGGUCUGGUGGACAGAAAUCAGAUAACGGAGCAUUCGGAUCAAGGUCGAAUGCAGCAUGCCCUCCGAGUGAAGCACAAAAUCCCUACACAGCCUACUUGCAAUUAGAAAAUUAUUCACAGCAGCAUCCUUUGAAUUCUCGUUUAAUGACUACACCAUAUACAAAACAAUUUUGGCCCGACCGAUAUGAUCUAUCUAGUCCAGCAUGUGACUCAAACGCGCCACUGUCACUUACAUCCGGAUUUUCUAUGCAGCAACUGGCUCACAAGGUAUAUUCAUCUAGACCACUUUGUUUUGACCAGGUAAAUGCCGUCAAAGAUCCAUCAGAUUCAUGA